GGGAGCUGCAGGAGGGACUCGGGAGGCCCAGGAACUAGAAAUGGACUCAGUGGCCUUUGAGGAUGUAAAUGUGGAGUUCACCAUGGAGGAGUGGGCUUUCCUGAAUCUGACCCAGAAGAAACUCUACACAGAUGUGAUGCUGGAAACCUUCUGGAACCUGGCAUCAGUAGCAUGUAUUUUAGAAGAAAAAUGUGAAGGCCAUGACAUUGAAAAUCAGUAUGAAAAUCAUGGGAUGAAUCUUAGUAUUAAUAAUAUGCUUCUGAUUUUAGUUAGAGAGUUAGGAACAUCGAUGAGAGAGAACAUCGAUCAGCCGCCUCCUGCACAUCUCCCACUGGGGAUGUGCCUGCAAGAAAAGAGGAAAACUCCUACUGAAAUAAAACAACCUAAAUCCAGGUUGUGUAGUCAAGUCUUCAUGCAUUAUUUAUCCUUUAAUAACCACCUGAGCUCUCCCAUUGGGCGCAAACUAUACCUGUGUCAGGAAUAUGAAGAAAACGCUUAUAAAUGUAAGGAACCUGAGAAAGCUAUUAAGCAUCACCAACAAAUUCAAAGACAUGAAGGGAGACCCAGUGGAGAAAAAACCUAUGAAUGUAAGGUAUGUGGGAAAGCUUUCCACUAUUCAACUUCUCUUAGAAAUCAUGAAAGAUCACAUGUUGGUGGGAAACCAUAUGAGUGUAAGCAAUGUGGCAAAGACUUUAGUCAUCUCAUUUACUUUAUAAUUCACAAAAACACUCAUAAUGGAGAGAAACUAUAUCAAAGUAAGCAAUGUAGCAAAGCUAUCAGUUCUCCCAAGUAUUCUCAAGAAAAUGAAAGAACACACACUAGAGAAAAGUCCUAUCAAUGUAAGAAAUCUGGUAAAAGUUUCAGUUCCAGUUAUCUUAGAAAUCAUGAAAGAACACAUACUGGCGAGAAACCUUAUGAAUGUAAGCAAUGUGGGAAAGUCUUCAGUUGGCUCAGCUCUCUUGGAAAACAUAAAAGAAGUCAUGAUGGAAAGAAGCCUCAUGAAUGUAAGGAAUGUGGUAAAACAUUCCAUGACCGCUGUUCCCUUAAAGAUCAUGAAAGAACUCAUACUGGAUCAAAACCCUAUGAAUGUAAGCAUUGUGGUAAAGAUUUCUCUCAUCGAACUUCCCUCCAACGUCAUGAAAGAAUUCAUACUGGGGAAAAACCCUAUAAAUGUAAGCUUUGUUGCAAAGCUUUUUCUUAUGUAGUUUCCCUCCAUCGUCAUGAAAGAACUCAUACCGGGGAAAAACCAUAUGAAUGUAAGCUUUGUGGUAAAGUUUUCUCGUAUUCAACUUCCCUCCAAAAUCAUAAAACAACUCAUACCGGGGAAAAACCCUAUGAAUGUAAGCAAUGUGGAAAAGUCUUCAAUCAUGAAAGAAUUCAUACUGGGUUGAAACCCUAUGAAUGUAAGCAUUGUGAUAAAGAUUUCUCUCGUCGAACUUCCCUCCGACGUCAUGAAAGAAUUCAUACUGGGGAUAAACCCUAUAAAUGUAAGCAUUGUGGCAAAGCUUUCUCUUAUCCCACUUACCUCCAACGUCAUGAAAGAACUCAUACGGGGGAAAAACCCUAUAAAUGUAAGCAUUGUGGCAAAGCUUUCUCUUAUCCCACUUACCUCCAAUGUCAUGAAAGAACUCAUACUGGGGAGAAACCCUAUAAAUGUAAGCAUUGUGGAAAAGCUUUCUCUCAUCCAGCUCCCCUCCAAGAUCAUGAAAGAACUCAUACCGGGGAAAAACCCUAUGAAUGUAAGCAUUGUGGCAAAGCCUUCCAUAGUCGCAAGUACUCUCGAGAACAUGAAAGAACACAAUGUGGAGAAAAGCCCUAUGAAUGUCAGCAAUGUGGUAAGACUUUUAAUUUUUCCACAUCUCUUAGACAUCAUGAAAAAAUGCAUACUGGGGAGAAACCCUAUGAAUGUAAGCAAUGUGGCAAAGCGUUCAGACAUUCCACUUCUUUUAGAAAUCAUGAAAGGAUGCAUACUGGGGAGAAACCCUAUGAAUGUAAGGAAUGUGAGAAAGCCUUUUUCUCUGCCAAUUACCUUAGAAAUCAUGAAAGAACUCAUACUGGGGAAAAACCCUAUGAAUGUAAGCAUUGUGGCAAAGCUUUCUCUUAUUCAGCUUCCCUUCGAUGUCAUAAAGUUCUGGUCAUCUGCACAGUUGUAGCCCAUCAUGGGUUUUCUGUGAGUGGAGUGAUUCCUGUGCAAGUCCAAGGUGGGUUCCUGGUAAACAUGGCAGAAAGCUAUCGCCGUUUAGAGGAUGAUGAUCUAAGAAAUAAUUGA